CUUCUGCGAGCUUCCAGUAACAAAAAUAAGGAAACUUAUAAGCGCCAUUCGAUUCCAUUCAACUUAAUGAAGCUUUGCAGUACAAUUUUCUCCAGUCUGUUUGUGUUGUAACUGAACUUCUCCUGAUAUAUACGGAAACAAAAAAAAUGGAAACCGAACCUUGUGUAAGAUCAGAACAUAACUGGGUCCAAGACUUAGCUGACACGUAUCAUCGGAACUUAAUUGAAAAAACAGAUCCUGUAGUUAUGCAAUGGCCUCUUGUAGGCCGAGACCGCUUGAAUCUGUUCAUUAUAUUUUGUUACGUCAUGUUUGUAAAUAUAAUCGGACCAAGAUUAAUGAAGAACCGGAAACCAUUCGAUCUACGAUGGUUGAUGGUUCCUUACAACAUAGCUCUUGUUAUUGUCAACUUCUACGUGUUCAUUGAGUUUCUCAAAAUAAGAUUAGUCCUCAGUCACACAGACUCUUGCGCAACUUUGGAUUUGAAGAAUGAUUCGAACAUUUUCAGGCUAGCAGAGAUAACUUGGUGGUUCUACUUAACAAAAUACAUUGAAUUGGCCGACACAGUGUUCUUCGUUCUACGAAAAAAAGACAGACAACUUUCACGUUUGCAUCUUGUUCACCACAGCACUGUACCUCUGAUCAUCUUCGGACUUUUAAGAUCGGAACCUGGUGGUGCCAAUACCUUUUUCCCAUUAGCCAACGCAUUUGUGCACUGCGUCAUGUACACGUAUUAUGCAGUUUCGGCCCUUGGAGAUGACGUCACUGUUCAUCUAAAGUUUAAAAAAUACGUGACAAUGACACAAAUGAUCCAGUUUAUCCUCGUCCUUUGUUACGUCGCAUCCCGCCCAUUUUAUGGUUGCAAUCUGAGUACAAUAUCCAUCUACGGCAACAUGUGUCUAGCUGGAUUCUUUUUCAUCCUAUUCUGCAAUUUCUACUGGAACGAAUAUCUGGUCAACAAGGAAGAAGCCAGAAAGCAAGCCCUGCUGAAUAGUGAAGCAUCUGCAAAUGGGAAAAAAACUACUUGAUUUUUCUGAUGAAGUUGACACUUUGUGUGAAUGUCACCACUCUGUAUCAUUUUAGAUUAUUUCAUUAAAAUAUUUAUAAUCUG